ACCACGAGACUCCAGUAUGCCAGAUUGCUGGCUGGGAAGGAAUCGUCUUUCGUGUGUCGCAGUUACCGAUAAAACUGUGUGAGUUUUACACGUUGUUGAUUUUUCUAUCCGCUGUGUUUAUUCUAUGAAUAUUCAUUGGAGGAUUUGGCCUAACUUACUGGUGUCUGGGACGCCAAUUGAAAAUGGAAGAUGCACAGCACGCAGUGGGUUAGCUUCAUUACUGCUGUGGUUAUCGCAUCCUGGUAUGGGUUCGCAUCAGUUACAGCAUUUAGUUGCAGCUUCGGGAGGGAACCGAACCCCAAGGAGAACGGCAUUCUACGAUGGGUCAUGCCGUUAAAUCACCGCCUUCGAUGCCAGUGUACCAGCAUCUACCCUGGGGGCAUGAACACGUAUACACCCGAGAGAGGGUUUGAUCCGUUUUACACAGAUCACCCUCUCUUCACAGACCUAAAGAUAGAAAUUGACAACUACUUCGAGUGUGAAAAUUGUUCACUGACGUGUGCACACGGCGGUAGAUUCAUAGACGAUCCAUGCCAUUGUUCGUGUGCUCAAAACUGGGCCGGCAAAACAUGUACUGAGUGUGCCUUGACUACCCAAGACUGUGCCAAUGACGGUUCGCUCAAUUACGCAACCUGCACGUGUGAUUGCCCAUGGUAUUGGAAGGGAAACACCUGUACUGAGUGUGCAUUACAAACCAAUGAUUGUGCGCAUGACGGCUCGCUCAAUGACGCAGCCUGCACGUGUGAUUGCCCAAGGAACUGGAAAGGAAUCACAUGUACUGAGUGUGCAUUGACUGGCUGUGAGAAUAACGGUACUCUCGAUGCAGCAACCUGUACGUGUACAUGCCUGAAACAGUGGAUGGGAAUUACCUGUACUGAGACCAGACACUACGAUUGCCAAGACUAUUUUAAGGCUAACUCUGACAGUACGACUGGUGUUUACACUAUUUACACAUCGAAGUAUCCACAAGGCCUUGACGUAUACUGCGACAUGAAUUGGUGGUCAGGAUCAAUUGUUAUCCAGAGGCGUUCAAGUGGUGACUUGAAGUUCACCCGCGGAUGGGAUGAGUACAGGGAUGGAUUUGGUGACCUGAGCAGUACAGGAGGACAUUGGCUGGGAAAUGAGAAGGUCCGCAAGUUAACUGAGGAUCAAAACACCAAGUGGGAGAUUCAAGUCAAGGUUUGGGAUUCCGGAACGCAUCAGUGGAGUGAUAUAAUUAGUAAUUUUCGCCUCUCGGGUGAAAAUUACACCCUUCAUGUUGACGGUUCAGUGGACUGCGGAAACGGUGGUGUAUUUUUCUCUGCACAUGGCAAGCCAUUCUCAACACACGACAGAGACAACGAUGGCGACGAUAGGAAGAACUGUGCCGAGGAGUCGAAUGGAGGCUGGUGGUUUGAUGGUUGUGAUGCUGGAUCGAACGGAGGAGAGAUUAAUCUUAAUGCCGAGUAUAUAUCUGAUGGUAUUUCAAUCGCACCCUGUGAGCCACUUUACUAUAGAAAUACCAGGCUUAAAAUCAAACGCAUGUCAGGAGAAACUCAAACAUUCACACCCUAAAGCAAACCCCAAAUUGCCAUAGAAUCCUGAUUUUAAACUUGCUAUUCCAUGCGCUUUUCUGUUAGGGCCAACCCAUCGGAAAUAUAGAAUACUCCGCAAAAAAAAACAAAAAAAAAACAACAGUCGCAUCGGAAUCAAAACAGCACUGUGAAGUAUUUUUAGACUUCUAUCAAUGUAUUGUAAUUGUUUGCAUGAUCGAAAACGAAUCUCGUAGGUAACAGAUGCGUCUGGAUUUGUAGAAAAUUUACAAAUCAUCAGAAGAAGUGUUGUGUUGUAUGAUGAUUAGCUAAUUGUUGUCAAGUAUAGUAUGUUCUUGUAAAAAUGAAUACAAUAAUUAUUAUUAGAGCCAAAGGCUUCUAUGGA